GUCGAAUACUGGUGGAUUCACUAUCUUUGGAUGGAUGAUUGAUCGUAUGCACAUUACUACGAUUUCUUCAUCGAGCUUUCACUAGUUUUCUUCGUCCUCGGGAAGACUAUCACAAUCACAACAAGAUGACACAAUACACCCGCCCCAACCCCCUCUAUUUGAAUGGGGGCAGCUAAAAUAGUGUGAUCAAUAUUAAUAAUCGUGUAUUGUUGUGUUUAUCAGUUUAUGGCUUCGCUUAAAGCCAACGAGUACCAACUGAUGUUCUUAAUUAACAUAUUCAGACAGGAUUUUAUGUAAGACUGAUCUGUAUAAAUGUUAUUGUAAUGCUAAUCCAACUUUAUAGAGUAAAAUGGCCUCUUGUUGAUGUGCAAAGGUCCCCUGGCCUCGUAUUUUGCUUGCACAUUUGCAAGUUCAGUUGUGUUUUCUAUAGCCAUAUUGGUUUCUUUUGCAAAUUCUGGCUAAUGUUCGGUUUCUUGACAGAUAAAAAGCGUUGUUAGGUCUUGAAAUUUGAUGGACUUUCACUUGCUCUCCAAUAUGCUAUGGAAAUAUGCACAGCACAAAGCUUCUUCUCAGAGUGAGUUCAGGAACCAUAUCAAGUAUGCUUUGGAGUGCAGAAAGGAGGCUAAGAUUAGAUACAAUAAUGGGGGUUUACCGGGGUUUGAUCCGGCUACGAAAUACAUAAGGGAAGGGGAAUGGGUUUGUGCCGCCGUGCCACCGGCGGUUGCCGAUCGGAGGGUGGAAAUUACAGGGCCUGUGGGGAGGAAGAUGAUCAUCAAUGCACUCAAUUCUGGAGCCAAAGUUUUCAUGGCUGAUUUUGAAGAUGCUCUCUCACCAAGCUGGGAGAACUUAAUGGGUGGACAAGUUAACUUAAGGGAUGCUGUUAAUAGGACUAUAAGCUUCCAUGACAAAGCUAGAAAUCGGGUUUACAAGCUUAAUGAUCAGACGGCUAAGCUUUUUGUUCGUCCAAGAGGCUGGCACCUACCCGAGUCUCACAUCUUCAUUGAUGGCGAACCAGCUACCGGUUGCCUUGUGGACUUCGGUCUCUAUUUUUUCCACAACUGCAUGGCGUUUCGCCGAACUCAAGGUGAAGGCUUCGGGCCUUUCUUCUAUCUCCCGAAAAUGGAACACUCGAGGGAAGCAAAAAUCUGGAACAAUGUAUUUGAGAGGGCCGAAAAAUUGUCUGGAAUUGAGAAGGGAAGCAUUAGAGCCACUGUUUUGAUUGAAACGCUUCCAGCCGUUUUUCAAAUGGAUGAAAUUCUGUAUGAGCUAAGAGACCAUUCUGUUGGUCUGAAUUGUGGUAGAUGGGAUUAUAUAUUCAGCUAUGUCAAGACUUUCCAGGCCCACCCGGAUCGCCUUCUGCCCGAUAGAGUUCUAGUGGGGAUGACUCAGCACUUCAUGAGAAGUUACUCCGAUUUACUCAUCAGAACCUGUCAUAAGCGUGGCGUGCAUGCCAUGGGAGGAAUGGCUGCUCAGAUUCCUAUCCGGGACAACCCAGUGGCAAACGAGGCAGCUUUGGAAUUGGUAAGGAAGGACAAAUUGAGAGAAGUGAAGGCGGGGCAUGAUGGAACAUGGGCAGCCCACCCGGGACUGAUCCCGGCCAUCAUGGAAGUCUUCACCAACAGCAUGGGCAACAAGGCGAACCAAAUUCACACCGUGAAGCGUGAAGAUGCGGUUAACUUGACUGAAGAAGACCUCCUUCAGAGGCCAAGAGGAGUACGAACCAUGGAAGGCCUCCGUCACAACACCAGGGUCGGAAUCCAGUACUUGGCAGCAUGGCUCACGGGAACUGGUUCCGUUCCCCUUUACAACCUCAUGGAGGAUGCGGCCACAGCUGAAAUAAGCCGAGUCCAGAACUGGCAGUGGUUGAAAUAUGGAGUUGAAUUGGAUGGAGAUGGCCUUGGUGUGAAGGUGACUCUUGAGCUCUUCGGGCGAGUAGUUGAAGACGAAAUGACUAGGAUUGAGAGAGAAGUUGGCCAAGAAAAAUUUAAGAAAGGAAUGUACAAGGAGGCUUGCAAGAUUUUUACCAGGCAAUGCACUAAACCAAUGUUGGAUGAUUUUCUGACCCUUGAUGCCUAUAAUCAUAUUGUCAACCACUACCCCAAGGGAUCAUCCUCUAGGCUCUAAAUUUUUCAUUUUGCUCGACUGGCGAGUCUUGUAGUUAAGCUCUUAGUUCCAAUCUGUCUGCGUACUCAAGGGCCAACAUUCGUCUGAUCCGAGGAAAUCUUUGUACGCCAUGGGAAUCAGUAGUUUUAAGGCUCUCUUUGUUACAUGUUUUAUUCCAAUUCUAGCACCAUGUCUGUAUUGUGAGUACUACUUCUAUUACCAAUAAUAAAUGCUAUGAGCUGGUUUUCAACUGUUUAAA